AUGACCCUACGCUUAAAGAUUACUAAAGAGGAUUUUUUAGUUAUUAAAGCAAAGGAUUUAAUGGCAGAAACAAAUCCUAUACAAAUACAACAAACGGGAUCUUUGUAUCAAGAUACAUCUUCAAAGGACUAUGAAUCAGAAGAAAAAGGUCAAGGAUCUUCUUUAGUUUGUAAGAAUAGAAGUUCAUAUGAUGAUAUUAUACUUUCAUUGCAAAUAAAGUCAUUUUAUGAGAUAAAUGAAGAAAUAUGUUUAGAGGAAUCUAGUAGUGAAAAAAACAUGAUUGAUAAUAGUAAUGUCGAUAGAUAUGGUUUUUUUUCAACACGUCAAAAACUUCCAGAAGAAAAAAAUAAAAUUAUUUCACAGUUAAGAUUUUUAGAAUUUGGGAAUGGGUUUUUUAGAAGAAAGAAGCGUAUAAUUCUUGAGAUUCCUCAUGAUUUUUGUUUUGAUCAAUUAUUGAAUCAAGAUAAUCUUACAUGGUAUAAAGAGGGAUAUGAUGCUAAUAAAAAGGAAAUAAACAGAAUUGAGAAAUGGAGAAGCAUGGCGGAAAGUUUUCGGAUUAAUGGAAAUACUGAGUAUUCGUUUUUGAAUACAAAAAAACUUGUCAAUAGAGUUUUUAAAGGGAUACCAGAUUCUUGGAGAUCAGCUGCAUGGUAUGCAUUUUUGUCGCAUUCUGUAAAAAAAAAUAAGAGCAAAUAUACUGAUUGCGAAUUAAAGUUGAAAUAUCAUGAACUUCUUCAACUUCCAUAUACUCAUGAUUUUCAAAUUGAUCUUGAUGUUCCUCGUACUAUAAAUGGACAUGUUUUUUUUCAAAGACAAUAUCGAGAUGGACAACGACUUCUUUUUAGAGUUUUACAUGCUUUAUCUCUUUUUUAUCCAGAAGCCGGGUAUAUACAAGGAAUGGCUUCUUUGGCUGCUACAUUUUUAUGUUAUUAUGAUGAAGAGUCUGCUUUUAUUAUGUCUGUCAGACUAUGGGAAGAAAGAGGGAUCUUAUCUAUUUUUUCUAAUAGCUUUAAGAACCUUUUUUUAUGUUUUAAUGAAUUACAGACUAGACUCUUAAAAACAAAAGUUGGGAAAAAAUUAUUUUCUCUUGGAAUUGAUAUAUCUACAUUUACUACAAAAUGGUACUUAACACUUUUUAAUAAUUCUUUAUCCUUUUCUACUCAGUUACGGAUUUGGGACGUAUUUAUUUGGUAUGAUGCUAAUGAAAAAAAUAAACUAGAAAUAUUGCACAUAACGGCUAUGUCUUUAAUUUUGGGAAUGAAAGAUACACUUAUGAAGGCUAAUUUUGAAACUGCUAUGAGGCUUUUAACUUCUAGAAUACAUGUAAUAGAUGAUGAUGCUUUUUUAAACCUGAUCAAAUCUCAAUGGAAAUUAAUAAAAAAUGCAUAA